GGAAAAGUUUUUUAAGAGCAAUGAGUCUGGAAGAGAGCGAGAGAGAGGAGGAGAAUCGAGUAGUAUUGUUAUUGUAGUAUUGUUAUUGUUGUUGUAGAAUUGUUGUAGUAGAAGAGUGCAAUUCAUUCUUCCUGUAACUCAGUACUCAUCAUCAUCAUCAUCAUCAUCCCUCCACCUUCCUCCCUCCACUUUGCUGUUCCUGGGGUUUUAGGGUUUCCCCCUCAAGGUUGUGGUGGCAUCAUCCUCUGAAUCUAAUCUAAUCUAAGCACCUUGUUCGAAUUCGAUUUGGGUUUUGUUCGUUUGGUUCACGUUCACCCGUGUAAUGCAACCGCUCUUCACGUGAUUUUUAAAUUGGGUUACUGUUGCUACUUCCUCCUCUUCCUCCUCCUCCUCCUCCUCCUCCAUUUUAGUUCUUGCAAGGUAUCUUUGUUUUAUUUCUUGUUUUCAUAUUAAAGGGCAGCGACCCAUAUCACUACCAUCAUCAAUCAAUUACCAUCCCAAUCCUACCAUGGAGGAGUCGAGGUUGGACACCUCUCAUACUGGGGAGAUGAUCGAUUCGGUCGCCAAAGUGUUGGGGAGGGAGGUGAAGGUCUACGUUUCUCCUGCAGCCAUCCGAGAUGCAGAACCUACUGGCAACUCUCGUCGCCCUGAAGAUGAUUUGCCUGACGAUUUUUACGAGUUUACAGCAGCAGACUAUGCCGCUUUGCAGGCCAAUAAGAAGGAAGAGAUACACUUGAAGACUAAGAAAAUACGAGAUAGGGAACAGGCAGCGCAGGCAGCAAGGAGGGCUCAGAGAAGUAAGGCCACUAUUCGUGUACACUUUCCAGAUGGUUUUGUGGUGGAGGCUGUAUUCAAAUCAACGGAGACAAUUGCAGAUAUCAUGGAGCUAGUUCGAAAAACAAUUACUCGACCAGAUUUGUCAUUUUAUCUGUACACAACGCCACCAAAGCGACCUCUUAAAGUGCUACAACAGAAUAUGAUUGAUGCCAGUUUCACCCCAGGAGCAAACGUAUAUUUUUCGUAUUCUCCUUCUCAAGCUGCUGAGAUACCUCUGGAGGGACCGUACCUUCGACCAGAAGUUCAAGAGUUACGUGACCUGCACAAAUUGCAAGAGGCUCCGAGUGAUAAUGGUCUACAAACUCUUCAAAAUCCCAAUGAUGUCUCUCCAACACCAGAAGCACCUGCCAAACGCGCCGCAAGCGCUAAGUCGAAACCCAAGUGGUUGAAGAUGUAGUCAUCUAUAAGGAAACCUACAGAUUCACUUUUUCUGCACCUAUAUUCACGUCUGCAGACGGUUACCUACUUCGCAUUGCUGGGUCUCGUAUUUGUUUUGUAGUUCAACAACUGUUGCAUUAGCGCAAAAUCCCAUUUUCGAUUUAUAGAGAUUAUAAGCUACGACAGUUACCGAAUUUUAGUCCAAAUUUACGGACUCAGAAAUUGCGUUUUCUUCUAACAUGGUUGGUUUCCAUUUAUGAGCACAUCUUUUGUAGCCCUCGUAGAAAUUGUAUGGUCCUGGCAGAAUGUUGAAAUUUCAUGUGUCGAUUGAA